CACUCAGAAAUGGCUGAAAGCUCAGCUGCGGCAGCAGCCACCAACUGUGCUAGACGAGCUCCUGGAGAUCACAGCUCAGAGCCUGGUGCGCACCGAGGUGGCCGAGCACUAUGAAGUUAUUCGGGAGCUGGGCAGGGGCAAGUAUGGCCAUGUGAUGCUAGUGACCCACAGACAGAGAGGGACUCCAAUGGCUCUCAAGCUGCUACCCAAAGCCAGUACCAAGCUGCAUACCUUCCUGUAUGAGUAUUGCGUGGCACUCUCCCUCGCCACCCACCCUGCCAUCAUCAGCAUGUUUGGAAUUGCUAUUGAGUCCAGCCAAUACUAUGGCUUCCUCUACGAACCAGCACUGCACAAAGACCUCAUCUCUAUCAUCAAACCCCGAGAUGGGAUUCCUGAGCCAGCUGCAAAGCACUGUGCCAUGCAGCUCGUGAGUGCACUGGAGUUCAUCCACAGCCGAGGGCUCGUGUACCGUGAUGUGAAGCCUGAGAACGUGCUGCUUUUUGAUCCCGAGUGCCGGCGCAUCAAGCUGACUGACUUUGGGCUUACGCGGCCCAAAGGUACCAAGCUCAAGCUGGUGGCCGGGGUAAUCCCCUACACAGCCCCCGAGCUGAGCAACACCGCUGAUGCCCAGGGGGUGCCCAUCGACACCAGCUUGGAUGCCUGGGCCUUUGGCGUGCUGCUCUUCUGCCUGCUGACUGGCUACUUCCCCUGGGAGCAGAGCCUGCCAGAUGACCCUUUCUUUGAGGACUUCAUGCUGUGGCAGCAGACUGGCCUGGGGGAGGGCCUGCCCCCCCACGCAAACGGGAAACGCCUGACGGCUGAGGCUGCCCUAAUGCUGCGGAGCCUGCUGGCCCUAGAUCCCGCCAAGCGCAGCCCCGUCAGCGGGGCGUUGCGCUACGUCGAUUGCCCUUGGCGGCUGGAGGACGGGCACAGCGAGGAGGCUGCGGUGAAACCCUAG